AUGGUGCUGGGCGAACUGUGGGCCGCGCUCUCCGGAGUCUCCGGGGCCGCCCUGGCCUGCUGCUUCGUGGCGGCGGCCUUGGCCCUGCGCUGGUCCAGUCGCCGGACAGCGAGGGCUUCGGCGGUCCGAGCGCGACGGAGGCAGAAAGCGGCCCUGGACACCAUGGACAAGGCGGCGCAGCGCUUCCGGCUCCAGAACCCUGACCUGGACUCGGAGGCGCUGCUGGCCCUGCCCCUGCCUCAACUGGUACAGAAGUUACACAGUGGGGACCUGUCUCCUGAGGCUGUGCUCUUCACCUACAUGGGAAAGGCCUUGGAAGUCAACAAAGGGACUAACUGUGUGACCACCUACCUGGCAGACUGUGAGACUCAGCUGUGCAAGGUCCCAAGGCAGGGCCUGCUUUAUGGUGUCCCCGUGAGCCUCAAGGAGUGCUUCAGCUAUAAGGGCCAGGACUCGACACUGGGCUUGAGCCUGAACCAGGGGGUGCCAGCGGAGGCUGACUGUGUGGUGGUGCAGGUGCUGAAGUUGCAGGGCGCCUUGCCCUUCGUGCACACCAAUGUCCCCCAGUCCAUGUUCAGCUUUGACUGCAGUAACCCCCUCUUUGGCCCGACCAUGAACCCAUGGAAUUCUUCCAAGAGCCCAGGUGGCUCCUCAGGGGGCGAGGGGGCCCUCAUUGCUGCUGGGGGCUCCCCACUGGGCUUAGGCACCGACAUUGGAGGCAGCAUCCGCUUUCCCUCAGCCUUCUGUGGCAUCUGCGGCCUCAAACCCACGGGGAACCGCCUCAGCAAGAGUGGCCUGAAGGGCUGUGUCUAUGGACAGGUAGCAGUACAGCUGGCAGUCGGCCCUAUGGCCCGGGACGUGGAGAGCCUGGCGCUAUGCCUGCGAGCACUGCUGUGUGAGGACAUGUUCCGCUUGGACCCCACCGUGCCCCCCUUGCCCUUCAGGGAGGAGGUCUACAGGAGCUCUCAGCCCCUGCGUGUAGGGUAUUAUGAGACUGACGACUAUACCAUGCCCACGCCGGCCAUGAAGCGGGCCCUGCUGGAGACCAAGCAGAGACUUGAGGUUGCUGGCCACACGCUGGUUCCCUUCCUGCCGGGCAACAUACCCCAUGCUCUGGAGACCCUGGGCACGGGCGGACUGUUCAGUGACGGCGGAGCGACCUUCCUACAGAACUUCAAAGGUGAUUUCGUGGAUCCCUGCUUGGGGGACUUGAUCUCAAUUCUGAGGCUGCCCGGAUGGCUUAAAGGACUGCUGGCUUUCAUGAUGAAGCCUCUGCUCCCAAGGUUAUCAGCCUUUCUCAACAAUAUGAAGUCUCGGUCAGCCGGAAAGCUCUGGGAACUGCAUCAUGAGAUUGAGGUAUACCGGCACUCCGUGAUGGCCCAGUGGAGAGCCCUGGAGCUGGAUGUGCUGCUCACCCCCAUGCUGGGCCCUGCUCUGGACCUGAAUGGCCCAGGCAAGGCCACAGGGGCCGUCAGCUAUACUCUGCUCUACAACUGCCUGGACUUCCCCGCGGGGGUGGUACCUGUCACCACGGUGACCGCCGAGGACGAGGCCCAGCUGCAGCUUUACAAGGGCUACUUUGGGGAUAUCUGGGACAAGAUGCUGCGGAAGGUUGUGAGGAAGAGCGUGGGGCUGCCUGUGGCUGUGCAGUGCGUGGCUCUGCCCUGGCAGGAAGAGCUGUGUCUGCGGUUCAUGCGGGAGGUGGAGCAACUGAUGAACCCGGACAAGCAGCUCUCCUGA